CUUUCAGGAUGGCUGCGCCAGUAACGACUGUUUUCCCAACUCAAUCGUUGCCUGCAUGCGUAACAGCAUGCGGUCCUCUAUACGAUGUCAACGGAGCCUGCGCAACCGCGACAGCCGCCGCCAAUGUCCUUCAGAACUGCUUCUGUGGUGAUGCACGAUUAGCUCCCUUCAGUACCGGCACGGCCGGCGUGUGCGAUGGUGCUUGUGCGGCUACUCCUACAGAUUUGGCACGCAUUCAGGCAUGGUACACAGGCUACUGCAAGGCCACUGCGACUAGUGCAGCAGCAACGUCGACAAGUACUGCUGUCGCCAGCAAGGCCAAAGGCGGCGGAGGCACAUGGGUGGACAACCACUACCAAUGGAUCAUCUUCCUCGUCAUCAUCGUCGUCGCCAUCGUCGGUAUUUGGAUAGGCGCCUGCUUCUGGCGGCGGGCCUACCUUCGCAAGCGGGACCGUCGGUACGCGCUCGACCAAAACCUCGCCCACACCACCGAGUCCGGCCGCGUGGUUCCCAAUGACGGCGUGCAUGUUCCCGGAGCGACCAUGUUCUCCCCGGCCCCGAUCGCUGAGGCCACCGUGUUCGACGAGAAGCCCAAGAAGACGAAGAAGAAGUGGACUGUCAAUGAGAGGACAUGAGUUGACAUAAAGGGCCUUGCUUACGUUCACGUAUAUGGCUAUUGGAACCCGAACGGUUGCUUGACUUUCCUGUCGACACUUGAGAAGGAAACAGAAAAAAGAACAUGGACAAACACGCCUCCAUCGACGCGGACACCGUCAUGAUAAAUCUGUCUUUCGCCGCCGCCGCCACCCCUCCUCACAUUCCCUUCC